AUGGUGGGGAAAAUCGUGGUUUCGUUAGUAUCGUUGAUUCUUCUAGUUGGUGUGAUAAUUGGGGUUGUGGUGGUUGUGAACAAAAAUGGAGACAGCAAAGAACAUGAAAGCACAAAAGUUCAAAUGAAGAAAGUGCAUGAGUUUUGUCAGUCUACUGAAUUCAAAGAUCAAUGUGCUAAGUCACUUGAAAGUGUAGCUAAAAAUGAGUCAGCUACAGUUCAGGAUUACCUUGUAGCUGCCUUCCAAAACACACUUGAUGAAGUGAAAAAGGGUCUAGCUGAGGCUGGAAAGACUAAUGUGAACAAAGAGAGUGACCCUUACAAUCAUAUGGCUGUUGAUGAUUGCAAGCAGCUCUUGCAAUUCGCUAUCGACGAGCUACAGAAUGCACUCGACUUGGUUGGGGAAACUGACACUGAGUCACUCCAUGAGUAUACCCUUGAUCUGUUGAAUUGGAUUGGAGGAGUUUACUCUUACCAAAGCAUAUGCCUUGAUGCUAUUGAAAAGCCAGAAUACAAAUCAGCUAUUGAAAACGGACUAAUGAACGCUACUCAGCUCACCAAUAACGCUAUCAGCAUCCUAGCAAAGAUGGCUGAUGUGUUGAAAUCAUUCAACAUUCAAAUCCCUGAAGGUUUUCUGGAUGGUAACAGCAACAGCUCUCCUCAUCGUCGUCUGUUGGAUUUGAACAAGGUGGAUCAGGACGGUUAUCCAACAUGGUUCAAGGCUGCUGACCGUAAGCUAUUGGAGAAAAGCUCAAAGAAAGGAAAAGGAAAAGGAAAAGGAAAAGGAAAGGGCAAAGGUGGUGCUGCUCCAGGAGGAGGUCCUCCACUUCACCCAGUCGGAUCAGGUCCAUUAACUCCUCAUGCAGUGGUUGCCAAGGAUGGAAGCGGCAAAUUUAAGACUGUUACCGAUGCUCUCAAGGCUUACCCAGCAAACCAUCAAGGUAGAUACAUUAUCUACAUCAAGGCUGGUGUUUACGUCGAACAGGUCCUUGUUGACAAAAAGCAACCAAACGUCUUCAUGUAUGGUGACGGUGCAGGGAAAACCAUCAUCUCCUGUGACAAAAAUUUUGGACUGAUGAAAAUCACCACCAUGAAUACUGCUACAGUAGGUGUUAACAGCGAGGGAUUCAUAGCUAAAGGAAUUACAUUCCGCAACACUGCUGGUCCAGAUGGGCAACAAGCUGUUGCACUUAGGAUCUCCGGAGACAGGGGAGCAGUAUUCGACUGCAGCAUAGAGGGAAACCAAGACACCCUAUACUACCAAACAUUCCGCCAAUUCUACCGCAACUGUGUAAUCUCUGGUACCAUUGAUUUCAUCUUCGGUAGGGGAUCAGCUGUGAUCCAGAACAGUGAGAUCAUUUUGAGGAGGCCUAGAGGCACUAGCAAGAACACCGUCACAGCUGAUGGAAGGGAAUUAGCUGGACAAAUUGGUGGGGUAGUAUUGCAGAACUGCAAAAUCGUACCAGAACAAUCAUUCUUCGCAGAUAGGUUCAAAUUUGAAAACUACUUAAUGCGCCCAUGGAAGCCAUACUCCACCAAUGUUUUUAUGGAAUCCGAAAUUGGUGACCUCAUUAGGCCUGAGGGAUAUAUGUUGUGGGAUCCUAAAACUAAAUACGAAGAGACAUGUGAACCUUAUGAAUAUGCAAACAGAGGACCUGGUGCUAACACUAACCAAAGGAGCAAACUCUUCAAGAAGUUCAAGGUUCUUAGCCCACAGGAAGCUACUAAAUACACUGUUGGCACUUUCCUUCAAGGUAAUGCAUGGUUGCCUGGAACCAGUGCACCUUUCUACCCCGGUCUUGGUGGAAAAUAGAUCAUCAUCACAAACAAACAUUCAUCAUUUACCUACUUCUCAACCACGGACUCGACCCCCCCCCCCCCACCUCCUCCUAUAAUUCAAUAUUCUUUCAUUUUUUGUUGGAGAAGCUAGCAUCCUUUUUUU